AUGGAUAACCCAAAUUUCAACAACCCCUCUUCUUGUGUAAACAUGUCAUUCUUUUUAAAUAACAAUAAGAACGUGAACGAUGUGAAUAUGAUGAGCAAUGAGAAUAAUGAUAAUAAUAAUUGUAAUAGUAGCUUUAUGCAUAAUGGGCAGGGACAAAACAAUGAUGCCUUUAACCAGUUAAACAAAAAUGAUGCAUCCAUUGACAUACUAGUCAACCAAAUGGAAAAUGCAUUUUCCAUAAGCACAGAUAUUAUAAAGAAUGUCAGUAAUCUCCUUGAAAGUACAAAGGUGGAGGAAAAAAUAAAAGGAAUUCGCUUGGUAUAUGCCUCAUUACAUUACAAGUAUAAAAAUAAUUCAGAUUACAAGAAGAAUUUGUUGAACAGGGGUUGUGUCAUGUUAAAUACGCAAGAGAAAAAUAACGUAGACAAUAUCGAUUCGGAUGGAACAAACAAUAAUGCCAAUGCACACCAGAAUGGCUAUCCUAACUUUUUAGCCACCAAUUAUAAUGGAGACACCGUUGGGAUGUUUUCCACCAAAAAUGACACAAGUAAUGGGAUAAACGGGAACGAUGGCACUGCCGGCAGCUGCAGCAUUGGUACUGUUGGAAGUAGCAACCCCAGUGGUAAUGCGCAGACACAAGCCCAGCACAGUAAUGGACUGCUAAAUAGCUACCCAGGCAAUGAUCAAAUCAAUUUAAAGGUCCUAAACUCAAUGAUCUUUGCAAACUAUAAAAGUAUAAACAACGUAGAUGAGUACUUUGAUCUGCUGGACAAAUGCCUAACAAGGGAAAACGUCAUUGAUAUAAAUCUGAGUGACAUAUUCGAAAUGAACAUUAUUAAUAUUAUAAAGGCUUUACUGUACAAUUAUAUAUUCCAUAAUGAUGAAAUAAUCGUGGAGGCAUUAACCCUUUUGAUUAUCAUUUUUGGCUGCUGCGGGUCAGGCGAGAAAAUCAAACAAGAUGUAGUAGAUGAACUGUACACAUGUUCUGUGUACAUGCUAAAAAAUAUUUGUCAAAAGUCAUGUGAAAAGGUGUUCACACCAUUAAUUGUGCAGUUAAUCAUAUCACUCCUGAGGACCAUACUGAUAUACGACAUAACAAAAUUGAAAAACGACUUGAUAGACAAUAAGGGCAUUGUGGAGAUUCUACUAAAAGCAGUAGAAAAUAUUCCUAAUUUGAAUGGAGUGCGUGUUUGCUACACCCUAGUUGUGUAUGGAUUGAAAAUGUUCUAUGUGUCCACAUGCCAAAUAUAUGAAAAGUCCUUUUUAAGGGAACUUGAAAUUAUCACCAAUUAUUUAUCCACUUGUAUCAAAAUGAAUGACGAACGAGUUUUGUUCCUGACGAGCUCUACCUGUAUUACCAUUUGUGAAAACCAAAUAGGUAUAGACGUUUUACUCAAGACGGACAUACUGCACAACGCGGUAAUAUUGUGUGAGUCGGCUAACCCGGACCUCGCUUUUGAAGCCUUGUCCAUUAUCUCCAAAAUAGCGUACGCAGCUAACCACCAGCAGAUCUGUAUCCUUAUCUCAUGCAAUGUCAUUAAAGCGUUGAAAAAGAUACUAAAUAAUAUGAAAAUCAAACCUGGGGCACGUGCACGGGCAUGCAACGCGUUAGGGAACAUAGGAUGCGAAACGGCGUCAGAGGUGGAAUUGCUAAUCAAAAAUGAUGUCUUCCCAUUACUGGUAGAUAUUUUUCAAACGGAUAAUGACUUUAACACGAAAAUUGAAGCGGCAUACGCUGUUUGCGCGUGUUUGUCUAAAGCCAACCAAAAACAGGUCGGGUAUAUCAUUUCCUGUACUGCCACGACCAACCGGUUGGGACAAAACAUUUGUAUGCAACUCAUUGCAGAUAUGUUGGAAUUAGUUAGUGAGUCGGAUCCUAUGAAUAAUGGAAGUGUCAAAUUGUGUAAGAGCAUUUUGAGAGGACUUGAAAAUAUUUUAGAUAAGGGCGAUGAUGAAACACGCGAUUUGUCCCUAUGGGAGAAUCCAUAUGUUUUUAUGUUUAAGGAAGUGCAGGGAGAUAUUAAGCUCUUCCAGAUGCAGUUCUUUCCCGAGUAUUACGUCGUCAACAAAACGUACGACAUACUCGCCAAGUACUUCUCCUUGACAUCCACUUGGAACAAUAGAAAAUGA